GGGGUGGGAAGGGAGCGUGCGAGCGGGAUCCCGAGCCGCGGAGCACGCUGCCCCUCGCUCCGCCGCGGAUGACUUGGGAGCUCGGGUCCAAGUGCCGCCCAUGCAGCAUCCCUGCCCUCCGCCGCCCGAGAGUUGAUGAUAAAACACUUAACCGUCUCCGCUGCGGGAAGCCAUGAGCUGUCUGGAUGUUAUGUACCAAGUCUAUGGUCCUCCCCAGCCUUACUUCGCAGCCGCCUACACCCCUUACCACCAGAAACUAGCCUGUUACUCCAAAAUGCAGGAAGCACAGGAGUGCAACGCCAGCCCCAGCAACAGCAGUGGCAGUGGCAGCUCCUCCUUCUCCAGCCAAACUCCGGCUAGUAUAAAAGAAGAAGAAGGCAGCCCGGAGAAAGAGCGCCCACCAGAGGCGGAGUACAUCAACUCCCGCUGCGUCCUUUUCACCUAUUUCCAGGGAGACAUCAGCUCUGUGGUGGACGAACACUUCAGCCGGGCCCUGAGCCAGCCUAGCAGCUAUUCCCCAAGCUGUACAAGCAGCAAAGCCCCACGGAGCUCCGGGCCCUGGCGGGACGGCUCCUUCCCGAUGAGCCAGCGCAGCUUCCCCGCCUCCUUCUGGAACAGCGCUUACCAGACGCCGGUGCCCGCGCCUCUGGGCAGCCCGCUGGCCGCCGCUCACUCGGAGCUGCCCUUCGCCGCAGCCGACCCCUACUCGCCGGCCGCGCUGCACGGCCACCUGCACCAGGGCGCGGCAGAGCCCUGGCAUCACGCGCAUCCCCACCACGCGCAUCCGCACCACCCUUACGCGCUGGGCGGCGCCCUCGGCGCCCAGGCCGCCGCCUACCCGCGGCCCGCAGCCGUGCACGAGGUCUACGCGCCGCACUUCGACCCGCGCUACGGGCCGCUGCUGAUGCCGGCCGCCUCGGGGCGCCCGGCCCGCCUCGCUCCCGCGCCGGCCCCCGCGCCCGGCAGCCCGUCCUGCGAGCUCUCGGCCAAGGGUGAGCCGGCCGGCGCCACGUGGGCCGCGCCCGGGGGACCCUUCGCGAGCCCCACGGGGGACGUGGCCGGGGGUCUGGGCCUCAGCGUGGACUCAGCUCGUCGUUAUUCCCUCUGUGGUGCAUCCCUUCUGAGCUGAUCUGCUGACCCAGGGUUUCCCCUUCCCUUUCCCUUCUGACCAGCCAUGGAGGCUGGCAUCUGUGCCUCUCACUUCAUGGAUGAGGACAUGGGGGAAUGCAGAGACUUCAAACUUCUCCGUGUAUUGGGAAAACCAGAACACACAUCGACAGAAUGUUCAUCUAAAAAUAAUUCCUUCUGCCAAAGAGGAAAUCCAAAGACUCUGAAUGAUGCUUAAUGACUUUUGGGCAAAUCACUGGAAAUAUCCAUGGUGAUCACUUAGGUGACAUGAUAUCAUAGUUUUCUUGGAAAGAGGGAAAGAAAAAGAGAUGUUUUGGUGUGAAUAUUUUUUAUGCUGAUGUGAAUUAUUUCAUUAAGUAGUGUGAUCAUAGCACUGCCAACGUCAAUAUCCUCAGACUGAAAUGUAUUUGUAUUUGCAUCAAAGACUGUGGUAGAGAAGUCAAAAGAAGCCAAUUCCUUCUUCCUCACCUGUAGCCUCCAGCUCCUUUCCUGCCCGCUCCCUCCCUACAACACCCACUCCAGACACAAAGACACACUUUUUCCUUCGGACUGUGAACGUGGAAGCCUCAGCCUGAAUGUGAGCAGCAAGUGGCUUAUCUGGAGCCACCUGCCUGAGUCUUACUGAAAUGCAGCUGUUGUAGGACAACUGUUUAAAACUCCAGAAAUACAUCGACCAAAGGGGGCACUUCCCAGUGUUUGGCACAGCAAUUGCAGUUGCACUGGAUAUGUUUUAUACGUGUGUGUGUGUGUGUAUAUAUCAUAUUUUUUACAAAGAACAUUUUAUGAUGAAAGAAGAAACUCUCUCUGCCUUCUCUCCCACAAAUUCUGUCCCUCCCUCUAUCCUCCUUUGGAUGAAAACAAGUAAGCAUCAAGAGGCCCCAGUUGUCUCCAAGAAGAAGAACUAGGAGUCACCAGAAGGGGAAGAGAUGCCCAUGGAGUCUCUGGUACCUCGAAUAUUCUUCUCAGUCUCUGUGGUCAUGGUUUGGUCACUUUAGUGUUGGGACAGGGGAAGGGGUACACAUGUGGGCAAAACUGAAGGGGAUGAGGAAGAAGAAACGAACAUUAAAGAUGUUUGUUUACCACUAGGUCGCUGUGUUAUUUCUUAAAAGGAAAACAAAUACCUUAUUUUCUCUCUAAUAGCAUAAAAUAAUUUAUAGUAGUAUGAUCUGAUGUCAGGAAGUAAAAUUACUUCGUAUAUAUAUUUUUGGUUUUCCAAAGUGAUUGUCAUGCUGUGAAACCUGUGAACCCCUUUCCACCUCAUGUCAACCCUGGAGAUGAGAAGUUGGGUAUCCCCCCUCCUUUUUACGGAUAAGAAAAUGGUAGCCCACGGAAGGCCAGGUUAUCUGAUGGCCUUCAUCAAGUAAAAGCAGAGAUGUAUAGAAAACACUACUUGUAUACCAUUGAGUCAGAUACACAC